ACUCAAUUUCCCAUGAUUCUUCACCCGGUCGCUCAGCGUGACAUCAUAACAACGCGACGCCAUACCUUGAUUCACGUUCGGAUAGCGUUUAGUGUGGCGCUUGAUCGAGACCGGACAGAUUAGAGCUCAAGAAAAAAAAUAGUAUUUGCAGAGAUGGCAGACAAUCAGGAAAUGUCUCCUCUGGAGAAGAAGGUGUCAGAGCAGAUCGAGUACUAUUUUGGUGACCACAAUCUUCCUCGAGACAAGUUUCUGAAGGAGCAGCUGCAGAUAGAUGAUGGCUGGGUCCCUCUGGAGACCAUGCUGAAAUUUAACAGACUAAAGACUCUCACAUCAGAUCCAGCUGUUAUCGUUGAGUCUCUGCAAAAAUCUAAAGCGGGUCUGCUGGAGAUCAGCGAGGACGAAACCAAAAUAAGACGAGAUCCGAGCAAACCUCUUCCAGAGAACAAUGAGGAGUACAGGGACGCGCUGAAACACAAAUCCAUCUACAUGAAAGGUUUUCCUCUUGAAACCACGCUGGACCAAAUUCAAGAGUGGUUUGCAGAUAAAGGCACAGUUGAGAACAUCUACUUGAGGAAAGGAGCCCAGAAGACUUUUAAAGGGUCGAUCUUUGUGGUUUUAGAGUCUGAAGAAGCUGCCAAGGCUUUUGUGGAGCGCACUGAUGUCAAAGAGUACAAAGGGAACGAGAUGAUCGUCAUGAUGAAAGAGGACUACUUUUCUAAAAAGCUCGCAGAGAGAAAGCAGAAUCGCGUGGAAGCUAAAGCUAAAGCAAAAAGUGAAAAGGAGGACAAGCAGAAACAAGCUGAAGAAGAAGAGAUGAAAUCCCUGAAUGAUCAGCGAGGCUGCCUGCUGAAGUUCUCCGGGGAACUGGGAAACACAUCCAGAGAGGAUUUCCACACCGUCUUCUCCAGUCAUGCUCAGAUCAAGUGGAUUGAUUUCACCAGAGGAGCUAAAGAGGGCACCAUCCUGUUCCACUCAAAUGCCCAGGAGGCCCUGCAGAAGGUCCGAGAGGCCAAAGGAGGAGAAGAUCCUAAGGUUAAAGAGCAGGUCGUUCGUUGGGAGGUACUUGAGGGCGAUGUAGAAAUGGAGACGCUGAAGAAAAUCAUCGAGGAUCAGCAGGAGUCCUUGAACAAACGUAAAGGAGGCAGAGGAGGUUACAGGGGUCGUGGAAGAGGCAGAGGAGGACGCAGAGACCGAGGGGGAAGAGAUCAGACCCAGUUCAAGGGAAAGAGGACCAAGUUUGAUAGCGAUGAAGAGGGAGAUGAAGAACAAGACACUCCAAAGAAGAGACCUCUGGAGUCUAACGGUCGAAAUAAUGAAGAGCCGGCUUCCAAACAGGCAAAAAGUGAAAACGGCUCUUAAGAACCGUGGCCUUAUUUUUGUAAAGUAGAUUUCCCCCGAAAAUUGAGAAACCCGGAAAAAAUGCGUUCUCCGAGUACUACUUGUGUCAAAAGCUGCAUAAAACCUUAACGUCACAUUUUUUCCUUUUGAACAAACAUACUGGGUGCCUGGAAGUUAUUUAUUUGCCGACACACACACUUACGAUUGCUAGUAUGAUUUAAGAUCUCAUCCUCGGGCUCUAUAAACAUCGUUUUUUAAAAUCUAUUCAGCUCAAGCAGUUCGCUGGAAGCGCUCGUGUAACCAUCGACGUCUUUAAUUGCCGACGAUCUGCAGAAUCUACACGACUGUGUUUUGAGCGCGAGCAAAAGGCUGAUUAUCGGUUCUGACAGCAGUACUGUGUUAUCAUACAACCGUUUGGGGCCUGUGAGUGAACUUAUGAAGGUUUGGAUGGUGUCGGUGUCAUUUUUAGUAAUAAGCAUUGGUCAAGCUAUUUUUUUUCCCAUUAACCUGCUAGAUUAUUCCACUGCUUUUGUCACUUGGGACGGAUGUGACGGAAGACGAUAGGUGUGUGUUAUCCUUGUUUCUUUUUAUACGUUGCUGUAAAGUUGCUUUAAGUGGCUGCAGAGGCAUGUAGAUCUGGAGAGUUUUCAUUAAGACGAUUUAGAUUUGACUGAAUUUUCUUUUAAAUAGUGUUUUCCUUAUCACAGCAGCAGAAACGUGUCUCUUAAUCUAAAGUGCUGUUUUAGACGCCAUGCUUCAUAUUUACCCCUUCAGGGCUUCAACGAGCACUCGUUAUUUUUUUUUUUUUAUGUUUUUUACUGUCUGUCAUCCCUUGAGAUGAAUAUUACACCAAUUGAGAAAUCCAAUAAAGUUUUGAAAAUCUAAAUAUUAA